UUGGGGAAGGGGGGGGGAGGGAGCACAAACAAAAAAAAAUUGUCCCCUCGGAGGAAUCACCUGACUUGCCGAGCCCUGAGUGCCUCCAUGGCGGCGUGAGAAGCAUCAUGGGCGAUGCCUGCUCCUGUGGGGGGAAGCAGCGGAGGAAAAAGUUGGUGAAGGGGAAGAGUGCUGCAGGAAUAUCCGCCAUUUCGACACUGUGAUAGACUUCCAAGAGCCGGGGGGGGGGGGGCAGAGCCACUUCACUGUGUGUGUUUGAGAAGACAGAGAGAGGCGGGGUGAGGGACUGAGAGAGAAUGUAAAGGAGAAAAGAGAGAGAGAGAGAAAAAAAGAAAAUCCUCUUGCUUUAAUCCACACACUCUCCCCAUCUGUCCUAUGAUUCCAGAAGAAAACAAGAUGUCUGCUGACCAUUAAUUUAAAAUUCCCCUGGAAUUACAAAUCUGACUCCUCACUCCUUGUGGAAAGAAAAGAAAUCAAGAGCGGGAUGUCAGGAAGACCAAAGAGCCGAUCGUGGGUUGAGGGAACACACACCAGUCCUCAUUGAGGGAUCAAAAGUGGAAAGGCAUGAAAUUCACCAUAAUGAGAAGAUGAUGAUUGGUGAAUAGACGUCAUAGAGACAGUCACAGAUUGAGAGUAAAGGUAUUAUUAGGACCAUAUCGUAAUACUGGGGAUCACAGAAACAUGGGGCUUGGAGCUGGUGUUGCAAAAGGUGCCUGUCUGUAACUCCGCACCCGUCAGCUUGCCAGGAGACCCACGGUGGUACUUGAGAGUAGGUACAACUACUAACAUGCUGUUGACCGUAUCAGGAUGAUUGGAUGCUUAUGAUGGCAAAAAAACAGGAUGCUCGGAUCCCAAGUUACAACAUCAGUGUGGUGGGAUUGUCUGGGACAGAGAAGGAGAAAGGCCAGUGUGGUGUUGGCAAGUCUUGCUUCUGCAAUCGAUUUGUACGCCCUAAAGCUGAUCAUUUUCAUCUUGACCACACGUCGGUCCUCAGCACCAGUGACUUUGGGGGCCGCGUUGUUAACAAUGACCAUUUUUUGUACUGGGGCGAGGUAAGUAGAGCGGUGGAGGAAGGAGUGGAGUGUCGAAUUCACGUGGUGGAACAGACAGAGUUCAUCGAUGAUCAAACUUUUCAGCCUCACCGGAGCACGGCUCUGCAACCUUACAUUAAACGUGCGGCAGCAACCAAAUUGGCAUCUGCUGAAAAGUUGAUGUAUAUUUGCACUGACCAGUUGGGUUUGGAACAAGACUUUGAACAGAAGCAGAUGCCAGAAGGGAAGCUCUUAAUUGAUGGCUUCCUCCUCUGCAUAGAUGUCAGCCGGGGUAUGAACAGGAACUUUGAGGACCAGCUUAGAUUUAUCACGAACUUGUAUAACCAAAUAAUAAAAACGAAGAAACCUAUCGUGGUGGUGCUGACAAAAUGCGACGAAGGGGUGGAGCGAUACAUCCGUGAAGCUCACUCCUUUGCCAUGACAAAAAAGAACCUCCAAGUGGUGGAGACGUCAGCACGAUCAAAUGUCAAUGUGGAAUUGGCCUUUAGUACUUUGGUGCAGUUGAUAGAUAAAAGUCGGUCGAGGCCUAAAAUAAUUCCAUAUUAUGAAGCAUUAAAACAGCAAAGUCAACUAAUAGCUAAUGCAAAAGACAAGUAUGACUACAUCAUUAGCCAGUGUGUAAUCCAUUAUAAUGAAAGUUGGACCAAUGCCACUAGGAAAAUGCAUAUGAAAAGUGAAUUCCUGGAGUAUGUGCAUCUCGAAGGAACCCCAAAGGCCAAAAAACUGUUCUUACAGCACAUUUUAAUGCUCAAAGAGAGGCACAUUGACCACUUAAAGAACAAGUACCUCAAUAAACUUGUGCUAGCGCUUGAUGCCCUUUUCCCUGAUCUGAAUGAGAUUGAGAACUUGAACUGGACCACGGCACAGCAGAGGUUGAAGACCAAGCAGGAUUUUUCAGCCUGGUUUGUUGUGCUGAGUGAGACACCCUGGGAUAAAACUGAUCAUAUUGAUAAAAUGGAUGACAACCGGAUUCCAUUUGACUUGCUGGCUGGGAAGUGUGCUGAAGAUCAAUUUAGAAAGCAUUUAGAAAAACUGAAGAAUGAAAGAAAAAGAGAUGAGAUGAGGAGGGCCUUUAAGGAAAAUCUGUCAUCGUCGCCCUUCAUAACUCCUGGAAAACCAUGGGAAGAGGCUAGAAGUUUUGUUAUGAAUGAGGAAUUCUAUCAGUGGCUCCAAGAGCAAGAAUACCAAGAUAUUUACAGUAGACAUCAACGUGAGAUUAUAGAUAAAGCCAAGGAUCAAUUUCAAGAACUGCUUUUAGAAUAUUCAGAGUUAUUUUAUGAAUUGGAGUUGGAUGCCAAGCCUAGCAAGGAGAAAAUGGGUCUCAUCCAGGAUGUUUUAGGAGAUGAGCAACGAUUUAAGGCACUUCAGAAACUGCAAGCUGAACGAGAUGCUCUUGUGUUAAAACAUAUUCAUUUUGUAUAUCAUCCAACCAAGGAAACAUGUCCAAACAGUCAGAACUGUAUUGAUAGCAAAGUUGAGCAGUUGUUGGCUGCAAAAUUUUAUCGAUCUUCAGAUCGAAGCCAUCUGAACUCUCAUUCGGACUCUAAUGCUGACAAGCUGAACCUUGUACUGCUUGGCAAGGAUGGACUUGCACAUGAACUGGCUAAUGAAAUUCGAGUGUUAUGUACGGAUGAUAAGUAUGUUCUUGAGGGGAAAAUGUAUGAGCUGUCAUUGCGACCGAUAGAAGGUAAUGUGAAACAUCGGGUUAAUUCCUUUCAGACACCAACCUUUCAGCCUCAUGGUUGCCUUUGCCUCUACAACUCCAAAGAAUCUUUGUACUACAUAAAAGAGAGCCUAGAGAAACUGAAAGGAUCAACUUUGGACCGAAAGGACAAUCAUUUAGCACAGCUGCCUCUAACACUAGUUCUGGCUUACAAAAGGGAGAGUGGUGGAGAAACACUACAGUCGUUGAGGAACCACGGCCAACAACUUGCCAACAAACUGCAAUGCCUUUUUGUUGAUGUAACUUCUCACAGUGUGGGUUCUGGACGAAAUUUCAGUGAACUACAAAUCAAUCAGGCCCUGAAAGGCUUAUUAGACACUAUGAAACGUAAUUUGAAUCUCGUAAGCUCUUCCCCAAGCAUUAAAGACUUAACUGAUGCAGAUCUCCGAAUAGUCAUGUGUUUGAUGUGUGGUGACCUUUUUGGUGUGGAUGAAGUUCUCCUGUCCAUUAUUCAACCUCAUUUUUGUAGUUCAUCGCAACCUGGGAACAGUAAUUCAGUCACGCUCGAGUUACCAAUUGGAACAACACGUAAGCGUGUCGAGCUAUCUAUUCUCUCCUAUCAUUCCUCUUUCAACACAAGGAAAAACCAAUUAGUUCAUGGAUACAUUAUUUUUUACUUGGCAAGACGCAAAGCUUCCUUGGCCAUGCUCAGAGCUUUUUUGUCAGACGUGCAGGAUAUUAUUCCUAUUCAGUUAGUGGCAGUCUCUGACGGAGCUGAAGGACUGGAGAGCGACGUGUCGCGGGAUCAGGUUGAAGAAGGCCAAGAAAUUGCUCAAGAGAUCUGUGGAAAAUUCACCAAAAUAACUGGUGGGUAUUCCUUUCAGCACAAUGUGGAGAUCUUUGCCCCAUUUUUCAGAGAUGCAGCCGAAAAGAAAACCAUUGUUGAAGCUUCACACAUGUACGAUAAUGCGGCCGAGGCGUGCAGUAAUACGGAAGAAGUGUUUGGCUUUUCUCCAAGGCCCAGCUCACCCCUCAACAAUUCAAAUUGCUUUGAUUAUGAUGAGGAUGUUGAAGGUCCACCCCUACGGGAUGAAACUUUUGGGACUCCAGGGAUCAAAGAGCAGUCCAAGCUCUCUAUGGACCCUGAGGGGAAUGAAAACUACUUGCUGAGCAGCACUCUUAGCUCUUUUGAGAGGCUAAGUAACAAAGUACCUCCUCCAGUAAAACCAAAGCCGAUGGUACAUUUUGACAAACUGGUGAAGAAGAUGGAUUCCUCUGAGGGGAAAGAACCAGGAAGCAAAGAAAUGCAGAGAAAGUCUUCAACGGUAAGCUGGGCACCUUCUGACGAUGGGUCCUUCACCUCGGAUUAUGCAGAGCCAAUAGACACGUUGGUAAGACCGAGAGGGGAUGAAGAGAAUAUCUACUCGGUACCGCAUGACAGUACCCAGGGCAAAAUCAUAACCAUCAGGAAUUCUAUUUCUGCCAAGUCGCAGUCGAACGGAAGCGGUAAUGGAUCCGAUAAUGAGAUGGAUAUUAGCUCCCUGGAUCGUCAGAGGAAACUUUCAUCCGUCAGCAAACCAUCAUUGUACAGGGAUCGGUCCAAAAAAUUAGGCAAGUUUGCAAGUUAUCGCACAAGCUUCAGUGUUGGGAGCGAUGAUGAACUGGGGUCCUUGUCGUCACAGAAGAAAGCGGAAGCUGAUUCAUCAUUGCCCAAGGGAGAAAAUUCAACCAGUACUUACGAAACAGAUGGAGAUGAGUCAAAGCGAGGGAAGCUCCUUCGUAGCUUGAGAAGGCCAACAUCAAAGAAACCGAAGACCAAACAAAGACCUUCCAUUUCUAAGAGUACUUGGGAAAGCAAUUACUUUGGAGUGCCUUUGACAUCUGUGGUGACAGUGGAGAAACCUAUUCCUGUCUUCAUUGAAAAAUGCAUAGAUUUUAUUGAUUCUACAGGUCUGGGUACCGAGGGACUUUACCGUGUCAGUGGGAACAAAUCAGAGAUGGAAAGUCUCCAGCGGCAGUUUGAUCAAGAUCACAAUAUUGUUCUGCAGGAAAAGGAUUUUGCAGUGAAUACCAUAGCUGGAGCAAUGAAAAGCUUCUUCUCGGAGCUGCCAGAGCCACUGGUUCCGUAUAAUGCCCAGGUUGAACUGGUGGACGUCAGCAAAAACCCUGAUAAAGAACUCCGGCUGAAUGCACUUAAGGAUGUGUUAAAGAAGUUUCCAAAAGAGAAUUAUGAGGUCUUCAAAUAUGUCAUUACCCACUUGAACAAAGUCAGUCAGAACUCGAAGUUGAAUCUGAUGAACAGUGAGAACCUCUCCAUUUGUUUCUGGCCCACGCUUAUGAGGCCUGACUUCCAGACCAUGGACGCGUUGACGGCCACCAGGACGUACCAGACUAUCAUCGAGCUCUUCAUUCAGCAGUGCCCUUUCUUCUUUUACGACAAGCCAAUCGAGGAACUGAUAAAUACCAUCCCCAGCUCCCCCACGUCGAACACUGCCUUUCAGUGCCCUUCGCCGGUAGCAAUGAUUCCCUCUCCACCACAGUCUCCGCCGCCGACACCUUAGAGGCCACUCAAGGAACAUCAGCUGCGAACGGAACAGCCAAGUAAACUGUGAAUUUGGUUAUAAGAUACCAGAUACAGUAGCUGGGUUCUUUUCAAGACUGCCUUGGGUUAUAGAACCCCCUUCCUGUUGUGCAGACCAGCAUAAAGAAACGUACAAGUGAUGUGCCACUAAGGAGAUUUGAUUAAGUACCCGAGCACUGGAGUUUUUAAAAAAAAAUCUUUUAGACUGCAAAAGAAGCAGCCCGUGUCUUCACUGUGGGCUCUGUAAGACAUUCAAAUAGCACAGGUUUUGCAGCAGAAUGGUUUCUCAAAAUGCACAACAUUUAAAUGGUUAAUUAUACAGACAAACUUUACCAAUUAAUUUAUACCUUGCUCCCUUCUAAGCCAUUGUAGAAACUUGCUUUUUUUUUGGUUAUUUUUCAAUAGCACCAAUUCAUGCUUAGAGAAUUGUUUUUGCUGUCAUGUGCUGCUAUUUUAACCCUUCUUAGUGAAGAAGCAAAUGUCAGGUGGACUGUGUGGACUCACAGCAGAUGCGCACGAUGCCCAACGGUCAGAGCAUCGCGUCGCACCGACGUUUGUAAGUGGCAGGGUGUGAGUACGAGGAGUUGCCCCGGGUGGAAUGAACACGCCCAGCAUGUAAAUGUUCACCUGUACGGGUGAUACAUUGGGGAGCCAUUCUAACCUUGGGGGAUUUGAAUUUUUUUUUGUUUCUAAGGAAUACACACCUAAUGAAUUUGUACUGAUCAAAACUGUGUGUCCUAAGGUUCUGUAGAGCUUGUAGUAAAGAGGUUUGUCUGCAUAACAAUGACGUGAAAGCAGCUGCAUGAAAGUGCUUUGUGCAAGGCAAAAUUUAAUGCUGGUUUUCUCCAAUAUGGAUGUUGCUGCUUCUUUAUUGGACUUCUUCGUCUCAUUCUCACUGGCUUCAUCUGUUCUGGUUAGCUCAUUCCCAAUUCAUUUCUCCUCGCCACCCAAACGAGCCACUCCAGUUUAAUUUGCCUUGGGUCAUUCUUCGGACUAGUGUUGGGGGGUUGGGGGGGUGGGGGUUACCACUACUUCGCUGUCCUUCCUGUGGCCCGUAGUGAGCUCCGAGUGGCCUACUGGUCCUGAUACGUGUGCAGUGCCAAAUUGGAGCCUCUGUCACACACGAGGACAUCUCACAGCUAACCAAACCUGCAAGUCAGAUCCAAGUUCCCCCCUUUAGCAAACUGAAACCUUGGGUUAGAGGAGUUGCCGAGGUCAUCUUCUCCCCUCUCUCACCAGCCAUAAAUGAUCAUUGUCUCAGUCAAUGCCACACAUCUGUUCUGGCAGUCGUUAAGGUGGUUUACGAUGCGGCUUCCGCUCAGCUUGAAUUCUUCAAGUACUUAAAAUGCUUGUGUGGCAUGUCAGCACGUGCACGGUCUGUGUUAAGGUUUCAUAGCCAUCCUAGGGUGGGGCAUUUAUGUUGUGUUCUGCAGAGUGCCUAAACUCUUUGAGGAGAGAAUGGGCUUACAGUGACUCAAUGGGGAAAAUAUUUUGACCCUGCUGCUCCCUCUUCCAUACUUGAAUAUCCUUGCUGGGAUCGUGCUUCAAGAAUGACUUAAUUUGAUGUGACACUAGGCUGGGGGAGUGGGGAAGGGAGGGUUAGGGGAGGGGGGUCACUACCCAUUGAAUCAUACCUCAGCACCACUCAGUGCCUAAGAGAGUGGGGGAAAGUGUUGGCAACGGGAAAGAGAUUCAUUCAACACUAAUAAAAAUUUCACGUUUCAAACCUGAAACAUUCUCGGACUUGAAUCGGUUAAAAGCCUAGUUUGAAGACAGCAUAAGGGAUCCUCUCUUUUUUAAAGAAAAAACACUCAAAUUUAAAUUCCACUGAAUGUGAGAAUCUUCACUACGCAUGACACUACAUAUACAUUCAGCCAGCUUAUUGGCAGUAGCUAUGAAGUAUGCCGUUGAUCAUGAACAGCAUAACUUUUUGAUGAUUUGUUCUUGGAGCUGUCAGCACCUGCCUAGAGCUUGCAACAAAUUGCUCUUUAGGGUCAGGGGGCAAAUCCAUCAUUACCUGGCUGACUGUUUUCUCAGCUUCUAUUUUCCCUCUUAGGGCUGUGCCAGCGUAUCCAUUUCACAACACUUGGUCAUUCUAAGUAUCAAACUCUGCCAGUUUGGGUAUGGUACGUAUAAUUGCAGUCACUCUGAUAACAGCGCUAAAAUGUAAUGUGUUUUGUGUGCGUCUCCUUUUGUACAAAAUCAAUGUUGUGUGUAUUGACUGGGCACAAUGUGAAAUGGAUUACCCAGUGAUCAAAUGCUUCUGUAUGAGAUGAUCUAUCAUUCGAAAUCUGAUUUUUUUUUGGUAAAUGUAUAUCUGAAAUGAGAUCUAUGUCAAAAAACCUUUUGCAAUGUGUUGGUGCAGUUCCUUGUUUCCCAGUUAUCAUUGUUGGGGGAGGUCGAGAUGUAUCAUUGCUUGCUGAUUGAAUAAUGAUUCCAAAUUUUCCAAGCUAGUGCUUCUAGAGAGAGAAAGAAAAUUAAAUUGUCCUCCAAUAUACUUUAAAUUUGGGGAGUAGUAAAUAUUUUGGACAGCAUUUUGUUUGAAUUCUACCUACUGACAUUGUGAACUGGACUGACAAGUGUAACGGGCUUGCAUUAAGAAUGGAUGGGCACCAUGGCUCAGUGCUUCUUAUUUUUUGUGCAGCAGAAAUACCAGUUGAGAUUAUUUUAACUUGGUCAGCAGUGAGGUCUUAACAAAUGUUCAUCAAAGCCAGUUGUACUGAUAAGAGGAUCAUCCUGCCCAACUCGUCCGUUACUGAACGUGAUCAUCCUACCUGCUUCAGUUUAAUGCAAACCCCAGUCUAGCAUUUGUUAAAACAAUAAAAUCUAUCAGUGCAGGCAUGUCAGAAAAUCAAAUGGUUCACAACACUGGGUGUCAUCAACGAGAACAGAAUUAGCUGACCUACACAAGUGGAUAGAAUAUUGGCUUCUGAAACAAACUGUUGUAUCUGCUUGUCAAGGUUGGAUGUUAAAUAAUUGGCUGUGUGCACUGUGACAUUUUCCUUCCCUCUCCCUCCCUGCCGUGCCAGGUUCCUGCUUAAGAAAACUUGCCCGACUAUAAGAGGGCUUCCUAAUCUUCAGUCUCUCUUCCUGAGUUUAGAUCAGAGAAAGGUUCACUUUUCAUCAACUAGAAGUAAAUACAUAGUUGUAAUGUGAAAACUUAAGCAGAAAAACUUCUGAAAUAUAUUUAGGUAAAUUGCUAUAGAUUGACAAAACUGCCAGGGGGUGCACUGUUAGUUGUAUUUUGGCAUUAUCAUCUUCCCCGCAACUUGCCACCCCAAUAAAUCUUGUAAAACAGUAUGCAAACAAAUUUAGUAUAUGGUUUCCACCUAUCUAUUGCGGUACUCCACGAAAAACAGUUAAAUCAGGCACAGCAGAACUAAAGAUAAAUUGUAUCUGGUUUUAUGGGCCAGCUGCUUUAAUUUGGAAGCAAUUUUGGACGCAUUUGUAAGGGUUAGUACAAUUUACUGGCUUGGUGCGGUUUAUUCAACCAUUAAUCUCGUUUUGAUAUUUUACAAAUCCAUCUUCAGAUGGGAAAUGGUUACCUAUGUUUUUUAAAUUAUUCUGAACGUGUCUUCACUUUGCUGUUUCCAAAAUUGUUCAUUGUGGGGGAGAGGAAAGUUUGUUGUGAGUUUCAUCAUAAUCCCUUCCAGAGGAGAGUUGCUGACUAUCAAUAUGUCUCACCCAGUUACUAUGAGCGUGUAAGAACUCCCACUCAGUGUGUUGCUUGACCAUUUAAACCAGUUAGAAUAAAUUUGUGUUGUGUAGGUAUGAAGGAAUCGCCAGGUAUUCCAGCAAUGUAUUAAAAAAUCUGAUUAGCAUGUCUAUUCUUUCUCCCAAGUUAAUCACCAUGAUGAAGUUUGCCGCUUCUGUGGGUAAGCAAAGAUUCAUGUGAUUUGAAUUCAUGGAAUAGCAGAUAAGCCUGGUUUCACCAUACAAUGCAUAUCCAGAUUUUUAAUCUGAAAACAUAUUUAGCUAAACUGAAAGUAGGCAGAGGUUUGCAGAAAUUUGUGGAAUGAGAGAUGCAGUGUCAGUUCAAUCCAUAUCAAUAUUGCACCCCAUAACACAUGGGGUCUAGUUUGCACAAUCUACAGUGUUUUGAGAAAUUGAAAUUGGAUUGCUACACCUGUAAAAUUCUUAAAGCUAUCACCUUGUGCAAGUACUGAUAUCAUCAUUAUCAAAGUGAUUAUUUUUCUGGGGUAAUUGUAGACAAUAAAUCAUAUUCUAGCUUUUCUAAACAUUUUGUAGUUUGGGGGGAUUUUUGCACAGUUUCCUCUUGGGACAAUUUGCACUUUAAGCUUAGUUUGUUGUGGUAUCAUCCCCUUUCAAAGCUUAUCUUAAAUAAUGUUGAAAUGGGAUCAAUUGCUGAACUUGUUCAGAAUUCCCUCUGGAUGACAAAAUUGACAUUUUAGUGCCCAGGUGCUUAUAUAUUCUUUGUUUUUUGGUUCAGUUUAAGGCAUUUUAACAAUUUUCAGUGACUUGAUAGCAAGGAAGAAAUGUGUGUAGAUGAAUUUCAGAGUCUUAUGGGGUAGCUCCAAAGCAAAGCAUUACCUGUCUUUUAAAAAAAAUCAGGAAAGAAAUUUUGUUGAUUGGAAAAAUAUCAUUUCGGGGCUUGGAGGAAAGCAAACUUAACCUGAUUAUUUGCGCUGGAAGGUACAAGUGUGCCUUUUCUGUUGUUCUCUGCAAAUGUGAAGGUUACCUUCAUCACAAGUUGCUCUAGCAUGUUCAGUUCAGAAAACAAAACGUUGUCAAUGAACCUUUAAAGACAGGCAGACAUCUUCCCCACUCCAGCAUCUCCUUCCCCUCCAGGUAAAACUCUUGCCCUAAGUCUGUGAUUAUCAGGCAUGACAUAUCAGUGAUCAAGCUAUCCCACAUCUUCUGCAAAUAAACUCUGCAGGCUGUUCCAACGUCAGUCACAUUUUUGCCUUUUGCUUGUUCGGCUGACUAUUGAUUCAUCACCGCAUGGGCCAGGUCAGAAAAACUGCUAGAGGUUGGCAUAGAAAGUAUCAGAUGUGUAGUGGGAGGUUGCAAAUUUUUUUGGGGGGUUGUGGUUGCAGAGCAGUGUCUAAAUUUCUUGAGGCUGAUUUGGGAAUGCAGAAAGGUAUGUGAAAUAGGGAAAUUGUACUGCCUCGUGCAAGUUGUGGUAUGUUAUAAGUUUCUACAUGCAUUAUGAUGAUUUGCUUUUUUAAAAAAAAAACUUGCCCUGGGUACACGUCACUCGCCCUGUCAAGGUCCAGGCUAACUGGGGUGUUCAGACUCAGAGUCACGACUGAGGCGCAUUGGAGAAUCAAAACGCGAUUUCCUGGAUCCUUCUGCCAACUGAUCAUCGUCGCAAUAGGAUGGUGUGGUUCAGCUUUUUUAUAUAUUCCAUCUCCCUGCAAGCAGGCAAGAGCUUGCACAAGAGGUUUUUUCUUUUGUAAGCGGGGGGGGGGGGGGGGGGUGGAGGAUUUACUAAAGCUAGUUUGUUCUGAAAAAGCACACUGCUGCUGUUUACACAUUAGAGAUUUUGUCCAAAAACCCACUCUGCUUGGUGUUCAGUUGCUCUAUUUCAGAAAGUAAACAUGCGGAGUAUAGUUACAGCAGUGGUGUUUGGAAUGAGUGGGUAGUGAUUCCUUCUCUCUUGCAGGCAAGGAAAGUAAUCUGCCAGUUAAAAAUCAGUGAUAUAUAGUUCAAACAGGCUCUCAUUCAGUCCUGACAACUUGGCUGGCGGGGUGAUGAGGAAAAUUAUCUGAACAUAUCUGAUGACUGAUCAGAGAAUUUAAUUGGAAACUAAUACUGCACACAUUUUGCUGUGCUUCAGAAAGAUCAAGACUUAAUACUUGUCCUGAGAAAGGUGUGUCACACCCAACUGGUACAACAUCUUAGCAACACGCAUCGAAUAACUAAAACGAAUAUAAUUGGGGGGGGGGGCGGUGUAGCAGCAGUUUCCAGAUCUUUAGUUAUGCCCUAAAAAUACACUUGUGUAUGUGCCGUAGAGCUAUAAUAUGGAAGAUGAUGUCACCAGGGACAUAAUGAGGUGUUCCACCCAGAGAAAAUAGAACAGCUGGGAUGUUUAUGGAUUGCAAGCCAUCUUUAUAAUUAUAUUUCAGCUUGGCUGAAGAUAGAAAACAUCUUGGUUGCAAAUAUACCUUCUCCCGCUCCAAAACAUAUCUGUUGCUCCUGUCAAAUAUGCUGUGACUUUUUUUUUUAUUUGCAUCCAUAUUAACAUCGAGCUAACUCACUCCCUGAUCCUCCAAGUUUAUCUCCCCACCCCCUGCUCUGCUCUCAUUUUCUCAUCCACUCGUCCCUCCUCCUCCCUGGCCUGUCCUCGCACCUCUCUUCGCUGGCAGUUGAAAUGUGAUCGAUAUCUCGCCACCCAUCUGCAGUCUGUUUAGAGAACGCCAUUUAAAUUAUUUUUCUCUUUUUAAAGUUGCACUGGUGACUAUGGGGUGCUCAGAACUGCAUGCAUUUCAGGAUAAUGAGAAUUUGUCAGUGGCACAUUGGUUUAUUCUGAUACCUAAUGUAAAAUUUUUCUCCAGUUGAUUGGAAUUUGUACAGCAGAAUCCCCCCGCUCUGUAAUUUGAUUGGAAUGAUAAGUAACAGACUGUAAUCAGGUUCUAUAUUAAUUGGAGGACAUGGGUGGAAAACGUAGUUAGCUGGUAGUACCUGACUCCCAGGCCAGAAGUUGAUUUUGCAAUAUUUGUUUGGUAAAUCCAGUUGUGGUGAAUCAAGCACUAGUUCUAUUUUACAACUCCUGCCGCACUUUCAGCAGCAUACGCUGCCUGAAGAGCAGUGAUUUGUGGAAUGCCCCAGUUUUCGUCCAUGCUGGCGUCCAUCCUCCUCUGCAGCCUUAUUGCAGUACAGGGUUUGAUAGUGGAAGUGUGGCAGUUGGAAAGAAGCUACCAAGGCAUACUGUUACUUAAAACCUGGAUCGGGUGUGUUUUACAUCACAAGGACGCACAGUGUCUCCCACAGCCGGCUUGGCUUGGAAGUGCAAAUCCCUCAAGUUCCCUCGCUCCUAGAACAGUGCACAGUCUCACAAGGUCUCUUCUGACCUGCCAGCUCCUGCUUUUCGGCAUGGAACAUCUAGAUAUGAAUAGGCAGGAAUGGGAAAGUGAUAAUAUACUUGCCUCCAAACCCCAUCAAAAUUGAUUAAUUUUAGUUAUAGUCAAAGAAUCAACUUGUACUUACCCAUUUUUUCCUUACUCAAACACUUGUGUAUUUUUCAUCUAGUUUCUAAACUACCUGCUGAGAAAUUCAGUUUUAAUAACUUAUAAUAGGCGUGGGCUUUGCUUUCGAGCUGAGAAAUGCAGUAUAUCUGCUAUUGUAGCCAAACAAGCUGCUUUCAUGACAAUAAAAAUUCUGCCGUCAUUUCCUCGCCAUACAAGUUAUCCUGGUUUCGUUUGUAAUGCUGCUGUGUAAUUUUUUUUUAACCUGCCUAAAUGUGUAACCUAUAAUCUGAAGUAAGAAGCUUGUAAUUGCUUUAAUUUCAAAAAAAAAUGGAAUGUGUACAGUCAGUGCUGUGUAAGGCCUUCUCCCCAGAUUCACUUAAACUUCAGUGAGCUAUCGUUCGACACCUAGUACUGGAAAAUACAGGAGGUGGGAUCAGUGCUGUGUCCUAACUUUAUUCGGUACUCUACACCUGUAAAAUGUUUUCAAUAUGUUAAUUAACGCUUAUUUGAAUUAAAAAAUGAGUAUUGAAUAUAUAAUGUAAUAUUGGUCUGAGAGUUUGGGUAGCCAUUACUUUUUACAAAAUGGUAACUGUAUGUAAAGAAUGGUUGGUUGUAUUCUUAAAGAGUCUAAAGGUUCGGAUCCUUUAGUCACUGGUGUCUAGAACUUUUUUGUUGCAUUUAAUAAAGUAGUUCCCGUCGAUUCCGGAUCAAUUAUACUACAGAUUGCCAGUGUUUUAUUGACAGUAAAAUGGUGGUUCUAUCCGUUGAAUCCUUGCCAGAGAAAUUUUAGUUAAUCUGUGGAAAUUGCAGCUUUCUCCAAUACCCCUUGGUAUUACCUCCACCUUUGGUUGCUUUGGAAGGUGUCCUUUGAUGGCUUCAACCCCACCACCACCACGAUGCACAGCUUCAGGAAGGAAGCAGGCCGAAGUGGCGGAUGCAUGCCGGCUUUGUGAUUUUGUGCUUGGUGUUCUGCUGACUUUCAGGAGAGCCGCACUUCCUGUUCGGAAAGCACUGACCACCGGCUGCCAGGCAAGAACAGGGAUAUGAGAAUGCCUUUGUGUAAGGCUGACUUCAAAGCUCUCUCACUCGCUGGAAACCUGACCAUUACAGGCAUGCACCCAUAUGCUUCUGCCACACUGAAAGGAGACUGGAACUGGCCUGAUGGAUGUAACCAGUGCCUUGGGAUUUGGCUUGUACACCAUUUUGUAGGACUUGCAGGUGGACAAAUGAAGAUGGGUGGGUGAGGGGUUGGCUGAAGGCUUGCAACCAAAGUGUCUCUCUCCCUAUCACCGGAGCAGUGGAGGUCAGCUCCAUACAAAAUCAGUUUUAAAACUGUUUGCACGAUUGAUUUGGUCAAAUAUCUUUUUUUUUCCUUUCCAAUGAAGAUCUUGGCCAUAAUGAGCUAAAGUCAUUCCAGGGAAAAUGGAACGAAUAUCUUUAAAACUAAUCCUUUUAAAAAGAAAAGAACUCUGAACGGUGGUCAGGACCAAUACAACUAGAGUGCAUGUGGUUAAGCUAAGAGGGUGAGGUAGUGACCUCCUGCAGAAAAUCAUGUAUUUGCUAAAGUAUUGUAAUUUGUUUUAAUGGGAAUGGUGUAAAAACUUUACAGCCUUAUGUGCUAUGUAUCAUAGUUAAUAAAUCAUUCUUUUAAAGAAAGUAAAAGCAUUUAAUCCAAUUA